CUGCAUUUUCAGAGUAUGACAAUCUAAAGCUUUUUUUGGACUGCAAAUGCAAUGCAGCAGGUAGUCAAUGUUUUGCUUUGUAUUUCUGUGGAAGAGAGAGCAAAAACGAUUUCCUUCCCUAAAUUGUGUCGAGUAUUUUUGUUUAUUUUAUUUAAAGAAACUGGCAUGGUCAGUAUGUAAGGUUGUGCUCAUACAGUGUGGUAAUGGCGUUACAUAUCUUUUUGUACCUGCCACUUUGCCGUAGUUGAUGUCACAAGUGGGCGGGAUCCGUCUCCCUGUGUCGCCUGACUACUCCUUAAAGUUUGCGGAAGUUUGUUCAAGUGGAAGCAAAGUCUCAGUCUGGUGGAAAUCAAAAGAAACGAGGAUUAUUUUUUUUAUUUUAUUUCGGGGAGUCGUGCUUUAAUAGAUGGACCUCACGUCAGAGCAAAUCCAGCGGAUUCUUUCGAAGGUUAGUGAUUUAUUACGAGCUGCUUCGAAAGAUCCUCUUAAGUUAAAACUCAAAACAUAAUUGCCGGGUAGUAUAGCAGGCUAGGUUAGCUGCUGUCUCCCUUCACUAACUAGCCGAACCAGCUCUGUUACUGAAGUCUGAGAGAAACCUGGAUGGCAAUGAGACGGGAAAAAAGAACAGAAUGGUAACUUAUUUAAAAUAGUAAUGAGACAGGAAGGGCAAUUAAAAAGUGCUAAACUGAGCUGCUUUCUACUCGUGUCUAACUUUGCGUAGACUGCAGUAUUAUUGUGCUUCACUUAUUGUUGUUUGUGCCAAUGAGCAUUUCCAUUGUAGGUGUGGAAUACAGCAAUACGCAAUGACCUGUUGGACCCUUCAAGAAAAUGUCAAUAUAAAAUACAAAUUUCGUGAUGUUGCUGUUGAGGAGUUGGAGAAAAUCAAUCGUAUCUAUCCUGGGAUGACGCUAUCCACAGGCACAUACACAUUUAGUGACAGCACCCAAAAAGACCUUCUGAAAUUAACUGGCACCAUCCCGGUCCAAUAUGAAGGUCGCUCCUACAACUUCCCCAUUCAGCUGUGGCUGUUGGACUCCUUCCCAUUCACUCCUCCCAUAUGCCACUUGAAACCCACUUCUAACAUGGUCAUCAGAGAGGGCAAGCACGUUGAUGCCCAUGGACGUAUCCACCUACCUGGCCUUCACAACUGGGAUCAUCCAAAGUCAUCUGUGGUGGGUCUUCUGAAUGAGAUGGUUACCAAAUUUCAGGAAGACCCUCCAUUGUCCUCAAAGACCACAACAGACAAGAAAGAUCCCCAUGAGCUCCUGGCGUUUGUCUCCAAUUUCCGUAUCAGUGAUGGUGGAAUCAGCCAUCACGAUCAACCAAUCAACAAAGUCUCAGUUAUUGGGGGAGGAGAUUUAGGAAUGGCAUCAGUGAUGAGCAUUUUAUCCAAGUGUAAAGUGGAUAAACUGGUUUUCAUUGAUGUCGCUGAGAGUUCCACCAAGGGUGGCAGUACAGAUCUGGAGAUUUUCAGUCUGCCAAAGGUUGAAGUAUCCAGAGAUAUCUCAGCCUCUGCAGGCUCCAGGGUGGUCGUGGUGACUGCAAACGCAUGGAGCAGUGAACAGUCGUAUGUCACCGUGGUACAGACCAACGUUGACUUGUACAGAGGAAUAAUUCCCAAUCUGGCACGUCUCAGCCCUAGCGCAGUGAUGCUAAUUGCAUCACAACCAGUGGACAUAAUGACCCACGUUGCUUGGAGGCAGAGUGGCUUGCCUCCAACACAUGUGAUUGGAGCAGGGUGUAACCUGGACUCGGAGCGACUCAGUCAUGUCAUGGAUAUCAACCUGAACACACACAAACCAGCCUGGGUCAUAGGAGAACUUUCAGAUAACAAAAUUGCUGUGAUGAGUAACUCUGGGUUGAACUCCAGUGCAUCACCUGAGAUUGCCCAAGGAUCCAGCUCUACCAAACCACUGUUAGACAGAGCCUUUGAGAUCAUGAAAAAUCGAGGCCAGCGGUCAUGGUCGGUGGGCCUUUCUAUCGCCGACAUUACAAAUAGUGUCCUGACAGAUAAGAGGAAGGUGCACUCUGUCUCCACACUUGCUCAGGGUUGGGGUGGCAUAGCUGUAGAGGUGUUCCUCAGUCUGCCCUGCAUUAUGGGAGUAAACGGUUCCACACGCCUAGCUGGAGUGUCACUGGGACAGGAAGAAGACUCCAAACUAAGGAACAGCGUUACCUCCCUUUCCAACCUCAUGGCUCAACUUAGGAUAUGAACGAUACGAGCGGUGUGGGCGUAGCUGUGCUACUUACUACCCCGUCCUCAGCGGGUGGACUGUGUCUGUGCUGAGGUUGCAUGUGGUUUCUCCUUGCACUAAGGUUUUUAGGUUACAGGCGUUACUUCUAUUUUGAAUUUAUAUAAACCUAAUCACAGCAUUUGUUCAUCCAUUCUCCUCAGUGUAUAGCAAGUCAGUCAAUACUGUCAAUGUACAGACAGCAUUUUGUGUUCCCAGUAACCACAUCUAUGACAAGCCGUUUAUUUUGUCUGGGUAAAAAUGACAAUUUGUCAUAACUUGAUACAUGAAUGUACAGAAACUUUCUGCAAAAACAUAAACUUGUGACGCUUGUAGCCUUUAACUGUUUUGUCAAGAACAACCAAAGUUGAAGGCAAGAGUGCACUUAUACCUAAAAUGUAUGUUUAACCCAUUCCAACAGGAGAAAAAUCAGGGUGGCUGCAGAUAAAAUAUGAAGUACGAAUACUAUAGGUACUGUAGGAUGCUGGCGUUGAAUCAGUGGAUUAUGUUGGAAUGUUCUUUCAUAUUUAAUAUUAAGGAACUUCUAAAGGUCUAAAUUUAAAUCUCUUGUGCCCUAAUGUACUUUGUGUAAAGGAAUAAAUAAAAAAACUAAUUUAAGCACCUUGAUAUUGAGGUAUAUACACUAUAUGAUACUGUGGGGUGUGCAAUAAAUAUCUGAAAGCA